CAGUGUGAGCGUGUGCGUGUCAGUGUGAGCGUUAGCGUGUGCGUGUGAGCGUGUGCGUGCGUGUCAGUGAGUGCGGUUGUUGACCCGGCACAGAUGCAGACGCUGUGCCGCGCGGCCGGGACUCUCGUCGCCUCCAUGUCCCGCAGACCGGUGGAGGUGUAUUUUGACCUCCUGUCCCAGCCCUCCCGGGCCGUGCUGAUCUUCCUCAGGGCCGCCGGCAUCCCACACGUGGAGAGACCCGUGGCUCUGAGGAAAGGAGAACAGAACAGCCCAGAGUUCGGCCGCCUCAACCCUAUGCGUAAAGUGCCAGUGAUUGUGGACAAUGGGUUUGUUCUGACCGAGAGUGUGGCCAUCCUAAAAUACCUGGCCAGCACCUACGACGUUCCACAGAACUGGUACCCCCGGGACCCCCAGCGGAGGGCAAAGGUCGAUGAAUACAUGGCCUGGCAACACCUUAACACCCGGAUGAACACAGCCAAGGUCUUCAUCUUCGAGGUUCUGAUUCCCCAGAUGACAAGCCAGCCGGUCGACGAUCAGAAGGUGUCCAAGGCACUGAAAGAUCUGGAGGGAACCUUGGACAUGUUGGAGACCAUGUUUCUCAAGGAUAAGCCUUUCCUCUGUGGCGAUGACCUCACCCUCGCGGAUCUCCUGGCCAUCUGUGAACUCAUGCAGCCUCUGGGAGGGGAUCGCGACGUUCUAAAGGAGCGACCGAAAUUAGCGUCCUGGCGGAGCAGGGUGCAGUCGGCCCUGGGGAAGACAUUCGAAGAUGUCCACGCGAUUGUGUACCGGCUGAGAAACAAGUCCAGGCUGUGAGUGCCAGUCGGCAGAGCCGGGCCUCGCGGUACAUCUGCUGCGAGUGUGGUCGGGUCGUGGGCGGUUUAACCAGCCGAGGGACUCGGGACGUGCUUAAAAGCAAUCGUUUCUUUUCAAGUUGCCGUCCAACCCGGUGGACGCGGGUUUAGCUGGGACUGAUUUAAUUCUGUUCAACUUGAGGAACGUUGCUCUACUAAUUUGGUUAAUUAAACCUGAACCAGACAUGUACUCAAUUAAUAAGUGCCAGCUUAUAUAUAGUGGUGAAACUUUUAAGAAUUACUAAACCAGGGCACAAUCUAGCGUUGGGGGCUGACAGCAGAUUUAACGUCAGAAAAUUCAAAUCCGAAGGGCAAUUUUUUGCUAACGCACGAAUGAAUAAAAUGGUUAAAACUUUGUAUAAUUCUCUCCUGUAAAAGUGUCAUCGAUUCCAGGCUUGAAAUCAAAAAAGAUGUAUUUUGCCACAUUACGUUGUAAAGAGAGUGAUCUUUCUUUCUUCCCUCAAAAUGAAGGAACGUAUUUAGCUGAACGUAUUAACCUCAAACCAACCUCUUAGUCCUUGUGAUUCCCAAUCUGUCCGGAGGAAAUGUUUUGAUUAAAACCUGUUCU